UUUUUGUAAGAUAACGAUUGGUUACAAGUAACUCCCUUAACGUUGUGUUAACAUCCUUAGGGGUGGAGUGGAUGUACAGAGCACGCUGUAGUGUCAGAUGUGUGUAUGGUUUCCUCUUGUGCCAGAGCUGUUUCUUUGCGUGUGUCAGUGAAUCACUUUACAAGUACAAUAGCCUUUUUUGUAUGUAUAUUAUGUUGUAAAUUUUCAUAUUAGUUAUUGUGCAGAUACAUCGUACGAGUUUUGUUGUUAAAUUGUGUAUUUUUUUAUUUUUUUUACUUUUCUCCCACAUGUCAUCACCCGUUGUGAAUAUUGGAUUCCAUCAAACAACCUCCAAUAAGCGAGAACUAUUUUCCCGACAAGAUGGCCACACAUCUAUGACUUCCAAUACGUUGUCCAAUUUUCCCACUACCAACACUUCCGGAAUGACUAGCUCAGGCAAAGAAAUUUUCUUGAAUAAGGAGAAACGAAACGGUACAAAAGAAAAAGACAAAGAAAAGGAGUCGUCUACUUCAUCUAAUGACGUUCAGGGUUAUGUUGGUUUCGCCAACUUACCGAAUCAGGUGUAUCGAAAGGCCGUUAAGCGAGGAUUCGACUUUACAUUAAUGGUCGUCGGAGAAUCAGGCCUUGGGAAGUCAACCCUAAUUAAUUCCAUGUUUCUGACUGAUAUUUAUUCAAACGAAUAUCCUGGUCCAUCCCAUAGGGUGAAGAAAACAAUAGAAGUUGAAACAACAAAGGUCCUCCUUAAAGAGAAUGGUGUGAACUUAAGCCUUACAAUCGUGGACACACCAGGGUUUGGUGAUGCUGUAGACAACAGUAAUUGUUGGCAACCAGUAAUAAACUACAUUGAAAGUAAAUAUCAAGAAUAUCUGAAUGCAGAAUCCAUGGUUCAUCGUGGAACUAUAGAAGACUCUAGAAUACAGUGCUGUCUCUAUUUCAUUGCACCAUCUGGUCAUGGGUUAAAAACUCUUGAUAUUGAGUUUAUGAAGAGGAUACAUGACAAAGUCAACAUCAUUCCUCUGAUAGCCAAAGCUGAUACAAUGACAUCAGAAGAGUGUGCUCUUUUUAAAAGGACAAUACUUAAUGAGAUAGCACAAAAUAAAAUAAAGAUUUAUGAAUUUCCCGACUGUGAUGAUGAAGAAGAAAAAAAGUCACAUAAGCUUAUGAAAGCUCGAGUGCCAUUUGCAGUGGUAGGGAGUAACACUUUAAUUGAAGUAAAUGGGAAGAAGGUACGAGGAAGAAAGUAUCCCUGGGGAAUAGUAGAAGUGGAGAAUUUGGAACAUUGUGAUUUUAUUGCUUUGAGAAAUAUGCUGAUCAGGACACACAUGCAAGAUCUGAAGGAUGUUACCAAUAAUGUUCAUUAUGAAAACUACAGAUGCCUAAAGCUUGCAGGUGUUGGAGCAGAUGGCAUUUCAAGUGCCAUACCAAACAAAAAUCCUCUUUCACAAUUGGAAGAAGAAAAGAAAGACCAUGAAUUAAAAAUGGAGAAAAUGGAGAAGGAAAUGGAACAAGUUUUUGAAGUAAAAGUGAGAGAAAAAAUGCAGAAAUUGAAAGAUUCAGAAAAAGAUCUCCAGUGUAGACAUGAACAAAUGAUUAAGACCUUACAACAGCAGAAGAAUGAGAUAGAAGAAAAAAGAAAACAAUUUGAAAAAGACAAAGCAGCAUUUGAAAAUUCUAAUGGAGAUACUGCUAUUCACAAGAUACAUGUGGAUUCCAACUCAAAAGAGCAUUUGGAAUACAAAGAGAAGAAAAAGGAAAAGAAGAAAGGCCUAUUUUAACUGUGUGUCCCAAAAACAUAUACGUUCUUUUAUCUAGUAAGACCAAAUCUACCAUUUUGUCCCAUACUACUUUCAUUUCAUCCAGAUAAUGCUUAUCUUAGGCAUUUCCCCCUCCAUUCCUGUCAUCUUCAGGACCUAAACGUUGCAUGCCUGAAGCUAACCUUUGUUGUGAAGCAGUGCAUAUAAACACAGCCUGGGUGUGUCUGUACUUUUUUUUAAGAAGCCUUAAUACUGUUUUAACUUUAGGGUUAUUUCCUACUAUCCAUGCCUUUUGAUAUUGUAUUAUUUUUCAGUUUAGAUGCUAAUAUUUAUGUCCUUUUUUUUUUUUUUUGUAAACUACCUUAAGUUACCAUUUUGCAGUUUUACAAAAAUGGGGUACAAUAAACUAUUUUUAACAAAUCACUACAGAUCAAUAUUUUUAUAAGAAUAAAUACCACUCUUACACAUUUUAAAAGUUAUGUAGAUAAACAGAUAGUUAUUGCUAAGUAUACGAGUUUUACAUACACAACAUUCACUUCCUAUUAAGAAAAAGUUGACUGGAGCUUGAGAGAGAGAGAGAAUUCGCAUGAAGUCAUGCAUCUUCUGCAGGAAGUUGUUCUCAAGUGAAGGUAUAAUGGGUUUUUUAAUUUAUUUUCUUGUAGUAGAGAAAAUUUUCUAACAGUUUUAACCUUCUAAUCAAAUGUACUAUAACUGUGCAUAGUUGCAUGAAAUCCUGUAUUUAAGUAAUAAACAUGGUUAUAAUUAGUUUUUUUACAAGCUAUGAAUAAAUUUUGAAAAAAUUCAGUUUUCUACUUAUCUUUCAAGAAAUGACUAGAGCAGUUCCUAAAAAAAUUUAUUUAGCCUAAGGUUGUGGAGGUCAGGCUAAAGAUUUACCUUUGCUAUUUGUAUUUGAUUAGAAUUAUAUAUUCAAAACAAUAAGUUAUGGAGAAGCUAGUGUUGUUAGUUUCAGUGUAACAUAAAUCAAAACUGUAUCCUAAACACUACAAACAAGAGUUGGAAGUUUCAAUUGAAUGAUGUGAUAUUUAUUUUUAUUAAAGUAAUCAAGGGAACAAUAUGUUAGCGACUGAUAUGAUACACAUGUUUUAGUAUAUAUAGAUAAAAUCCUCCAUAUCCUAAUCUGAUUACUCAAAGAAAAAUAGUUUAUCAUCAAAAACUCUUAUUUAUUAUAGUUCAUCCUACAUCAAAACUCUUCAUAUCAUUACUACAGUCCAGUGACUAAAGUAAAAAAACAGUACCCAAGUAUAUUACUUGGUAAAAAAAAUUUUCUGAAACUGUUACCAUCUUUUCAAAUGUUAACAAGACUUGUGAAUUUACAGUUGUAUGUAGUGUUUCAUGUGAAGGGAUUUUUAUGUACCAAUGUUUGUUACUGUUUUAUAAAUUGCCUCAUUUGUAUGUAUUUUUGAUACGUCCUCCACGUUUUAUUUAAAGUCAAAGGAAAAUAAAUGUUUUUUUUCGUUAUAAUCUUUAAAUUUUAUAAUAUUUUGAGGUAGAAGAUUAAAAACCCUCAGCCACUUGUCAAUACAUAGAAUUUCUUAUAAUAUUAAAUAUCUAAAUUGAACCAGUAGUUGUACGAGGAGAAUCAUAGUACAUUACCUUCUUCAUUGAUGUGGAAAACAUACUGUAGUGUAAUGAGUUUUGGAAAAAUAUUCAUCAUGUAAAGGAAAAUGUAAAAAUGAAGCACACACAGGAGGAAAUAUAAUUACAAUCAAAGUUAUGUAUACAUAACUUCUGGUUAUAAUGCAAUACAGUUGGACAUGGGUUCCUCCUAUGUCUUCCUUGAUAUAGUGCACUGAAUUAUGACGUGCAAAUUAUUUUCAAAAUGCAUAGCAAUAAAAUAUGUACAAAUUACUUUUAAGUAAUUGUCUUUUUUUUUCUUUUUACUUUCAGUGUUUUGAUACUGUGGGAUAUAUAAAAAUUUGUAGUAUGUAUUUAGUGUAACUGUAAUGUAAUACUUCUUACCAUGUAACAUUGUACAACUUCCUUUUUAUAAUUCUUAUUUAAUGGAAUAAAUUUAGUAUUGUCAAUUUCA